GCCCACGGCAGCUCAGUUAAAUAACUCAGCCUACACGUCAACCUUUGGUCAGUCAAAGUCCUGCAGGGAGACGGAUAACAGGUGAGACGGGCAGGUGUGGAUCCUCUUCGGACUGUGACCGUGAGGCAGCAGCGGCAGAGAGAUGGAAGCUUUGAAAGUGAGGGUCAUCAGCCUGAACAAGCGGGAGGGCCAGAGUUUCGGCUUCUACCUGCGGGUGGAGCAGGGCGAGGACGGUCACCUGAUCCGCAACCUGGAGAUGGGCAGCCCGGCUGAGCUCUCGGGCCUGAAGGAUGGGGACCGCUUGCUGAGGGUCAAUGGGACCUUCGUGGACACGCUGGAACACCACCAGGUGGUCGAUCUGGUGAAGAACAGCAGGAUGUCCGUCACCUUUCAUGUUCUGGAUGAAGCCUCCUACAAGCAGGCCAAGGAGACUGGUGUUGACCUGUCCGAUCCUCAACCCAGCUCUCAGUCCAGUACGGCCCAGGCAGAGCCCGUUAUGAAUGGCGUGACCGGUUCAGCACCAAAACCCAAACUCUGUUUCCUGGUUAAAGACAAGAAUGGAUAUGGAUUUUCUAUCAAGUCCACAAAAGGCAUGGAGGGUGUGUACAUGACGGCUGUGACUGCCUCUGGGGUCGCGGACAGGGCUGGGGUCAAGGUCAGCGACCACCUUCAAGAGGUCAACGGGGAAAACGUGGAUGGUUGCACCCAUGAGGAGAUCGCGGAGAAGAUCAAGGCCGCAGGUGAUCGGAUCAUGUUCUUGCUUGUGGACGAGCAGUCAGACAAAUACUACAGGAACAGAAAGCUCAAGCCGCGGGCUGAGGACGCCACCACGAGGCACCUCCCACAUGCGCCACGCAUCGCUGACAUGACCAAGGGUCCUGACGGAUAUGGUUUCUACCUGAGGGAAGACCCCAAAACGAAAGGCCAUUUCAUUAAUGACAUUGAACAAGGGAGUCCAGCUGAGAAGGCAGGGCUGAAAAACAUGGACCGUCUAGUGGCGGUCAGUGGGGAGGAGGUCAACCACUUGGACCAUGACGAGGUCGUGGAUCGAAUCCAGGGGUGUGGACUGAAAUGCUCCCUGCUGGUGGUUGAUGAGGAAACAGAUAAAAUGUACAAAAUGGGAGGUGUGUCUCCUUUUCUUUAUUGGAAAGAAAUGAAGGGGGUGGAGCCAAUCACUGCACUCGGUGCGGAGGAGCCGGCUCCAGUUCUGGGCAAGGACACGCCUCCUGCACAGCAGCUCAAGCCGAAGCUCUGUCGAAUGGAGAAGACUUCCAGCGGCUUUGGUUUCCACCUUAAUGGCAUACAAGGAGUACCAGGCCAAUACAUUCAAGAGGUGGUGACGGGUGGGGUCGCCGACCGGGCGGGUCUGAAGAACGAUGACAUUGUCGUAGAGGUCAAUGGCGUGAAUGUAGAAGACAGCACCCAUGAGGAGGCUGUGGCCUUGAUUAGAGCCAGCGGUGACCGCCUUACCCUGCUGGUGGCCGAAAAGAAGGCCUACGACUACUUCAAGGCGGAGAAGAUUCCCAUCACCCCCCAGCUUCUGGGCCAGACACCCACACCUCAGCCUGAACCUGCAGACACAGCCACACAGAUUCAUACCAGCAAGUCCCAGGACCCACAGAGGAGGGAUGAAGAGAAGAAUGAGAAGGAGAAGGCAGAGGAGAAGGAGGAGGAGGCUACAGCAGAAGCUACCCCACCGGGCGAGCCGAAAACCCGCGACAGGACACCAUCAUCAUCCUCUUCUUCUUCAUCAUCAGAUGAAGAUGAAAGACUCUGAGAAGAUUAGUCCUACUGGCCGCUUGCAGUCUAUUAGUGUCACUCCUGCUCUCACCCUGAUUGAUGAGCAUUUUGUGUAUCUGAGGGCUUAAUGUACUAAAGCAGUGUCUCCCUACCCGGGCCUCUGGGACCCACAGACGGUCCAAGUUUUUGCUCCCUCCAGACUGUCCUAUUUUUGCUGCUUACUGGGAGUUGGGUGGGAGCAAAAACAUGGACUGUCUGCAGGUCCGUGAGGACCGUAUUGGGGGAAACUGUACUAUAGGACAAGAUUUCCACCUCUGCUUGUAAACACUGUUCUUCUGUUGGGGUUUGUCUUGAUUUAAUCAAGCUAACUUAUUACCCUGUAUGAUGCAGGCUAGCUUCAGUCCUAAAUAUAUUUACAUUUAUCUUAAGGGUUAAUAAUUAUGUACUUUCUUGCUAUUGUUUGGUUAUAAAUUUUCUCAUGAGUAAAUGACUUGAAAUUAAAUAUAAAUUAAGUAUUCAGCUUGUCACCGUGUGUAUAAUGUGCGUUUCUGCACAUUUUGCAUUUCCUGUUUAUUGCUGAAAAAUAUUGGAGAAUAAUCUGUCAUUCAUCAUGUCACGAGGAAAUUAAAAACCUUCUCAGGAAAAA